AUGGCGUUUGAAGCUUCAGACUCGAUUACACUUGGUGCGCAACACCAUGACGGACAUGUCAGACUAUCAUCUCCAGUGCCAGCUGUCCAGUCAUACGGCGCUAUCUAUACUCUCAAGGCUCGCGAAGACGGCAGAUUCUUAGCCAGUGGUGGUGGCAUCGGUCUCAAGGUGUGGGAUUUGCAAGAGGAGCGCGAGAUUGACGUCGUGGUUGUGACUUCCGAUGUACGUGGUGCGAUAACAAAGUUGCAAUGGAUCAAGCGCGAGGACGACAUGGGCGAGGCGCUGGUUUACGGCACACAGAGCGGAUACAUUACACUCCAGGGAAAGUCCAGCGUUCGAGUUCACGAGAUCUGGAAUCGCCAGAUGGCUGGAUCGUCUGAAGUGACUGGUCUUGCUUUCGAUCCGGCCACUAAUCGUCUGGCGGCGUGCCAUCAUGGCGGCAUCGUGCAGAUGUUUAUGUUGGGAGCGAAGAUGGCCGAGAAAGAGAUGUUUUCCUUGCAGAUCCCCUGUUGCGUUCCUGGCGCUUUAGGCUUUGGGGCAAUGCACAAUAAUGAACGCGAGCUGUUGGUUUCUGGACUUUACUGUGGAGUAAUCGACCACGGUGUGGUGUACGUUUACACACGCCGGGACGGCUCGCUCACGAAGCUCGUCAUCGAGGAGAACGAGCAUCGGGUGCUCGGCUGUCCCACUAUCUUCGCAGCCAAGUCCAGCGAACCAAUCGGCGCUGUUUUGUCGGAUGUCACCUUGCGGAAACGGGACGACCUUGCACACCCUGUUGAUCUCGGCAAAGUUAUGGCAAACCCGCCAGCGAACUGGCUUCUUCGGCUGGGUGGCGUGCGACUGGUCUGGUCGGGCGGGGAUGUCUCGCAGCCCCGCGUCGAUGCGACGAAGGAUGCCAGCGGCAACCAACUCAUCGACCUGCUUCGUGGAACGCCAGCUGCGGCAGUGACAUUGGUUGCUGGUUGA